CAGGGAGGUGAAGUCCGACAGAGCCGCGGUGGGGAAAGCGGUGGAGGACUGCAUGAGGGCCAUCAUAGGAGUCCUGCUCAACCUGACACAUGACAACGAGUGGGGCAGCACGAAGACGGGAGAGCAGGAGGAUUUGAUAGUGACGGCUCUGAACUGUGUUCUCAAAGUCCCUCAGUAUCUUCCUCAGGAGCAGAGGUUCGACAUCAGAGUACUGGGUCUGGGUUUGCUCAUCAACCUGGUGGAGUACAGUGCCAGGAACAGGUACUGCCUGAUGGAGAUGGAGAUGGAAGGAGGCCAGGGUCCCUGCGACUCCACCGUCCUGCUCAACCCUCAGCACCAGGACAUCGCCAGCACGGGCCCGCUGAGCGCCAUCGCUGCUCUUGUACAGGUACAAACUCAGGAGUGGAUGGAAAAACCCAAAGAAGAGUACGACUGAAGUGAAGUCGCCACUUUACAAACACAAAUGUCCAUAUUUUAGGAACAAACUAUCAAAAUGUUUUGUUUUUGUAAAUCCGUAAAACUUUCUGCAGCUCAGAGAGGAGCGAGUGUGGAUCUGCUGCACUCUGUCACUUCAGGUGGUUUAUUUCACCAGAAAGGUCAUAUUUCCCUCCCAGAAGAGGCUCUAAAAUAAUCCUGGAUGCUUUUAAAUUCUUUCUCACAUGCUGACCUUCAUUCAGAUUCAUCUCGGUGCUCAGUGUGGACUGGAAGGAGAAAAUAAACCUUCGUUUGACCGACGUCUCGUCGUGGGUAGUUUUGGCGUCAUCUGUCAGGUGUAGAGUUUAGUUUCUCUGCUUCCCUCUAAAACAGUUAAUUGAAUUUGUCUCCUGGUGUUCAGACGAUUCACAUUAAAAGAAAAGGCCGAUCAUUCGCUCACUGCGUCUUUGAUUAAUGGAGCACAAACACGGUCUGAUUAAUGUCUGCAGCAGCUGCUGCUGUGAGGAAUAUUUAAAGCUCACUUUUAGGUUUUAGCGUGAAAAUGAAUCCUCGCGUGAUCCUCGGAGUUGAGUUUGUCUCGUCUGCGUUUUGUUCUCUUCUGUCG